GAGCGCGCGGGGCGGUGGCAGCCGCGGCGCUGGGCCGGGAGGAGGCCGGCGAGGGUGCCGAGCGGCCCCGGCCCGGCCCGCGGGGGGAGAUGGCGUCCUACGUGGAUAACAGCUUCCGCCAGGCGGUGAUGAAGAACCCCGCCGAGAGGACCCCCCAGGAUCUGGAGAUAGUGUAUUCCUAUUUACACGGUAUGGAAGCCUUAUCAAACCUGAGGGAGCAUCAGCUUAGGUUAAUGUGUGAAACUGUGAGAUAUGAACGACACGAAGCCAAUGAAGUUCUAUACUAUCCUGAUGAUAUUGGGACCUGCUGGUAUAUCCUGCUCUCUGGCUCCGUGUUCAUCAAGGAAUCCAUGUUUCUUCCGAGAAGCAGUUUUGGCAAGCGUUCUGCAGGAAGCUUUAGGCGCGGCUGUGAAUGCAUUGUUUUAGAGCCCUCUGAAAUGAUUGUGGUGGACUAUAUGGAUGAAAAUGAAGAAUAUUUUCAGCGUCAAGCUUCUCAUCGACAGUCUCGAAGGAGAUUCCGGAAAAUCAACCAGAAAGGUGAAAGACAAACCAUCAUUGACACUGUGGACCCUUACCCUGUUGGUAAACCACCUCUGCCUAGAGGCUAUCACACGGAAUGCACUAAAUCUCAGCUUCCUGCAGAUUUCACCAAACUGCACCUUACUGAUAGUCUCCACCCACAGGUGACGCACGUUUCUUCCAGCCACUCAGGAUGUAGCAUCACCAGUGACUCUGGGAGCAGCAGUCUUUCAGACAUCUACCAGGCCACAGAAAGUGAGGCUGGUGAUAUGGACUUGAGUGGUCUGCCAGAAACAGCCGUGGAUUCUGAGGAUGACGAUGAUGAAGAAGACAUUGAGAGGGCAUCGGACCCUCUGAUGAGCAGAGACAUUGUGAGAGAUUGCCUGGAAAAGGACCCAAUUGACAGGACGGAUGAUGACAUAGAACAACUGUUGGAGUUCAUGCACCAGUUGCCUGCUUUUGCCAACAUGACAAUGUCGGUGAGACGGGAACUCUGUGCUGUGAUGGUAUUUGCUGUGGUCGAGAGAGCCGGCACCAUAGUGUUAAAUGAUGGUGAAGAGCUGGAUUCCUGGUCAGUGAUUCUGAAUGGUUCGGUGGAAGUGACUUAUCCAGAUGGAAAAGCAGAAAUAUUAUGUAUGGGAAAUAGUUUUGGUGUCUCUCCUACCAUGGACAAAGAGUACAUGAAAGGAGUAAUGAGAACCAAGGUGGAUGAUUGCCAGUUUGUCUGCAUAGCCCAGCAAGAUUAUUGCCGUAUUCUCAAUCAAGUAGAAAAGAACAUGCAAAAGGUUGAAGAAGAAGGAGAAAUUGUUAUGGUGAAAGAACAUCGAGAACUUGAUAGAACUGGAACAAGAAAGGGACAUAUUGUCAUUAAGGGCACCUCAGAGAGAUUAACAAUGCAUUUGGUGGAGGAGCAUUCAGUGGUGGAUCCAACCUUCAUAGAAGACUUCCUUUUGACCUACCGAACUUUUCUUUCCAGCCCAAUGGAAGUGGGCAAAAAGUUAUUGGAGUGGUUUAAUGACCCGAGCCUCAGGGAUAAGGUUACACGGGUAGUACUACUGUGGGUGAAUAAUCACUUCAAUGACUUCGAAGGAGAUCCUGCAAUGACUCGAUUUCUAGAAGAAUUUGAAAAUAAUCUGGAAAGAGAGAAAAUGGGUGGACAUCUAAGACUAUUGAAUAUUGCGUGUGCCGCUAAAGCAAAAAGAAGACUGAUGACAUUAACAAAACCAUCUCGAGAAGCUCCUUUGCCUUUUAUCUUACUUGGAGGCUCAGAGAAGGGAUUUGGGAUCUUUGUGGACAGCGUAGAUUCAGGUAGCAAAGCAACAGAAGCAGGAUUGAAACGCGGGGAUCAGAUACUAGAAGUAAAUGGUCAAAACUUUGAAAAUAUUCAGCUGUCUAAAGCCAUGGAAAUCCUUAGAAAUAACACACAUUUAUCUAUCACUGUGAAAACCAAUUUAUUUGUAUUUAAAGAACUUCUAACAAGAUUGUCUGAAGAGAAAAGAAAUGGUGCCCCUCACCUUCCUAAAAUUGGAGACAUCAAAAAGGCCAGUCGCUACUCUAUUCCAGAUCUAGCCGUGGAUGUCGAACAGGUGAUAGGACUUGAGAAAGUAAAUAAAAAGAGUAAAGCCAACACUGUUGGAGGAAGGAACAAGUUAAAAAAGAUCCUGGACAAGACUCGGAUCAGUAUCUUGCCCCAGAAACCAUAUAAUGAUAUUGGGAUUGGUCAGUCUCAAGAUGACAGCAUAGUAGGCUUAAGGCAGACAAAGCACAUUCCCACUGCACUGCCUGUCAGUGGAACCUUAUCAUCCAGUAAUCCUGAUUUAUUGCAGUCCCAUCAUCGCAUUUUGGACUUUAGUACUACUCCUGAUUUGCCAGACCAGGUAUUAAGGGUUUUUAAGGCUGAUCAACAAAGUCGAUAUAUCAUGAUAAGUAAGGACACCACAGCAAAAGAAGUGGUCGUUCAGGCCAUCCGGGAGUUUGCUGUGACUGCCACCCCUGAUCAAUAUUCACUCUGUGAAGUUUCCGUCACACCUGAGGGAGUAAUCAAGCAAAGAAGACUUCCAGAUCAGCUCUCCAAACUUGCUGAUAGAAUACAACUGAGUGGAAGGUACUACCUGAAGAACAACAUGGAGACCGAGACCCUGUGCUCUGAUGAAGACGCGCAGGAGCUGCUGCGGGAGAGUCAGAUUUCCCUCCUGCAGCUCAGCACCGUGGAAGUGGCCACGCAGCUCUCCAUGCGGAAUUUCGAACUCUUCCGCAACAUUGAACCCACAGAGUACAUCGAUGAUCUAUUUAAACUCAAGUCGAAAACCAGCUGUGCCAACCUGAAGAAAUUUGAGGAAGUCAUUAACCAGGAAACAUUUUGGGUCGCUUCUGAAAUUCUGAGGGAGACAAACCAGCUGAAGAGGAUGAAGAUCAUUAAGCAUUUCAUCAAGAUAGCACUGCACUGUCGGGAGUGCAAGAAUUUUAACUCCAUGUUUGCGAUCAUAAGUGGCCUAAACUUGGCUCCAGUAGCGAGACUACGAACCACCUGGGAAAAACUUCCCAAUAAAUAUGAAAAGCUAUUUCAAGAUCUCCAGGACUUGUUUGAUCCUUCCAGAAACAUGGCAAAAUAUCGCAAUGUCCUUAAUAGUCAAAACCUGCAACCUCCCAUCAUCCCGCUAUUUCCUGUGAUCAAAAAAGAUCUCACAUUCCUCCAUGAAGGAAAUGACUCCAAAGUAGAGGGACUGGUCAAUUUUGAGAAACUAAGGAUGAUUGCUAAAGAAAUUCGUCAUGUUGGCCGCAUGGCUUCAGUUAACAUGGACCCUGCCCUCAUGUUCCGGACUCGGAAGAAGAAGUGGAGGAGUUUGGGGUCUCUCAGCCAGGGUAGUACAAAUGCAACAGUACUAGAUGUUGCUCAGACAGGUGGUCAUAAAAAGCGGGUACGUCGUAGUUCCUUUCUCAAUGCCAAAAAGCUUUAUGAAGAUGCUCAGAUGGCUCGUAAAGUGAAACAAUACCUGUCCAAUUUGGAGCUGGAAAUGGAUGAGGAGAGUCUUCAGACAUUAUCACUGCAGUGUGAACCAGCCACCAACACAUUGCCCAAGAAUCCCGGUGACAAAAAGCCUGUCAAAUCCGAGACCUCCCCGGUGGCGCCAAGGGCAGGCUUGCAGCAGAAAGCCCAGCCGCCGCAGCCAGCACAGAAGCUCAACCAAGCCCUGACGGUGCCCGCCGUGUCCCUGUACCCUUCACGGAAGAAAGUCCCUGUCAAGGAUCUCCCACCUUUUGGUAUAAAUUCUCCACAAGCUUUAAAGAAAAUUCUUUCCUUGUCUGAAGAAGGCAGCCUGGAGCGUCAUAAGAAACAAGCUGAGGAUACGAUAUCAAAUGCAUCCUCACCUCCAACUUCUCCCCAAAGUUCUCCAAGGAAAGGUGGCAGUGGCAAUCAGCUGAGAUCUUUUGGCUCCGGGCAGUUGGACUUAACCAGUUCCUCCUCUUCUCUCGGAAGUGAGAACAGUAACAAGAAUAACAAUGCACCACGGACCUAUGGGAUAGGCUACACAUUGGCGCCCAGUGGUACUGUGGACAACUUCUCCGAUUCCGGUCACAGUGAAAUCUCUUCUCGCUCCAGCAUUGUCAGCAAUUCUUCCUUUGACUCCGUGCCAGUGCCGCUCCAUGACGAGAGGCGCCAGAGGCAUUCAGUCAGCAUUGUGGAAACAAACCUGGGCGUAGGGAGGAUGGAGAGAAGGACCAUGAUUGAGCCCGAUCAAUACAGCUUGGGGUCGUAUGCAGCAAUGUCCGAGAGUCGAGGCUUAUAUGCUACAGCUACGGUGAUUUCUUCUCCAAGCACAGAGGAACUUGUCCAAGACCAGGGGGACCGCGCAUCACUCGAUGCUGCCGACAGUGGCCGUGGGAGCUGGACGUCGUGCUCCAGUGGUUCCCACGAUAAUAUACAGACCAUCCAGCACCAGAGAAGCUGGGAAACGCUUCCUUUUGGGCACACUCACUUUGAUUAUUCAGGGGAUCCUGCCGGCUUAUGGGCCUCAAGCAGCCAUAUGGACCAAAUGAUGUUUUCCGAUCACAGCACAAAGUAUACCAGGCAAAGUCAAAGUCGAGAGAGUCUGGAACAAGCCCAAUCCCGGGCAAGCUGGGCAUCUUCCACGGGCUACUGGGGGGAAGACUCGGAAGGUGACACCGGCACAAUAAAGCGAAGGGGUGGGAAAGACGUUUCCAUUGAAGCAGAAAGCAGUAACAUAGCUUCAGUGACCACCGAAGAAACCAAACCCGUUCCCAUGCCUGCCCACAUCGCCGUGACUCCGACCACUGCGAAGGGCCUUAUGGCACGAAAGGAGGGCCGGUAUCGAGAACCCCCGCCCACCCCUCCGGGCUACAUCGGGAUCCCUAUUACUGACUUCCCUGAAGGGCAUGCUCAUCCAGCCAGGAAGCCUCCGGACUACAACGUGGCUCUUCAGCGAUCUCGGAUGGUCGCCCGACCCAGUGACCCUGCCGGGCCUUCCCCCGUGCAGCAGCCGCCUGGUCAGACAGCAAGUGGCCGGCCGGUGAACAAGCCCCAGUGGCAUAAACCCAACGAGUGUGACCCGCGCCUCGCCCCCUAUCAGUCUCAAGGGUUCUCUACUGAGGAGGAUGAAGAUGAGCAAGUAUCUGCUGUUUGAGGCACAGGCUUCUCUGGACGCGGAGUCAGCCACCAACAGGGAGAGCACAAGAAGACGGGCUCCUCGCACAGGCGCCCCGGAACUCACAUUCUGCGGAUGGUGGACCAGUUUGCCUCCUUCCCUGCCUUAAAAGCAGCAUGGGGCUUCUUCUCCCCUUCUUCCUUUCCCCUUUGCAUGUGAAAUACUGUGAAGAAAUUGCCCUGGCACUUUUCAGACUUUGUUGCUUGAAAUGCACAGUGCAGCAGUCUUCAAAGCUCCCACUGUUGCUGCCUGCCACAUCACACAGUAUCAUUCCAAAUUCCAAGAUCAUCACCGCGAGAUGAUUCACUCUGGCUGCACUUCUCAAAGCCUGGAAGGAUUUUUUUUCUUUUUUUUUUCCUGAAUCUUCCUCUUAGAUUGCAAUCCAGUCCUAGCACUUGGUCUCAUUGGGAUAAUGAGAGAAGCUAGCCAUUGAACUACCUGGGGCCUUUAAUCCACCAAGGAAGACACAAACAAUGAAAUCCUUCGCGUAGUGCUUGUCCACUUGUUUACAAUGUCCUCUUUUUUUUUCUUUUUUCCUAAAGGAAAAAAAAAAGUUUAAAGAUUGUGUUCAGAGAGUAAAUAUUAUUAUAUCCAUGUAAUGAUUACAGUAUUAUUUUCAACCUUUAAGCAAGGGUUGCCAGCCUGGGUUUCUGACAAACCAAAUAAUGCCGGACAGAGUGUGGCCACACCAAGAAGAGGGGACGUCCUGGCCGUGCCCUGGUCCUUCUGGUCUCACCCCUGAAGUGCCCUAUCCUGGAAUAGGAAACGUAUGUUCGCCAAUUACUUAACUACCAAGACACCUCAUCCGCGCCUUCCCCAGUGGGUGAGGCCUCCGCAGACUGUUUGCACAUGGCCAGGUGGGGGAGGGAAAUGGGACUCCCGGGUCCCAUGUCUGAGCCUUAUGGAGCCCAGGGCCGCGUCACUGAGAGGCCAGGCCCUGCUCCAUUGAGACAGAUGGCAAACCGCAUCUUUAAGUUAUAUUUGAUUUUUUUUUUUUGGUCUGAGGAUUUUUUUUUUAAAGAGAAAUGUUUAUAACUGGAUAGCAUUGCAGUGAAAGCAGCUGGGGGUGUUGGGGCGAAUGCCGGCUGUAAUACUGCUCUUCCAAGACAGCCUCCCUUCACGGAAUUGGCUUUAGGGGCUCAAGACGCCUUUCUCACAGUAAAAUGAACAAAAACCUGGUUAGCACGCCAGCCUCUGCAAGUGGCUUCAUGGGCACCGAAGACCGAGAAGGCCUAAGUGUAGAAACCACCUGCUCACAGCUGCUAUUGACCCGAGAAUGACUGAAAUGAUCCCUCCGCUCUAUUUUUGUGUUGGUUUUGCACAGACUCCGGAAAAGUGAAGGCUGCCAAUCCGAGUAGUACUCAAAUGUGAGGAACUGCUGGUCUUGGAUUUUUUUUUUCCAUUAAAUUCAGCUGAUCAUAUUGAUCAGUAGAUAAACGUAAAUAGCUUCAGAUUUUAAAAAGAAAGUCGAAUUGCAGUGUUUUUUCACUGUAUCAAACAAUGUCAGUGCUUUAUUUAAUAAUUCUCUUCUGUAUCAUGGCAUUUGUCUACUUAUAUAUUACAUUGUCAAUUAUGCAUUUGUAAUUUUACAUGUAAUAAGCAUUAUUUGCCAGUUUUAUUAUAUAGGCUAUGGGCCUCAUGUGCAUAUAGAAAGACAGAAAUCUAGCUCUAUCACAAGUUGCACAAAUGUUAUCUAAUCAUUAAGUAAUUAUAGAACAUAGGACUGCUAAUCUCAGUUCGCUCUGUGAUGUCAAGUGCAGAAUGUACAAUUAACUGGUGAUUUCCUCAUACUUUUGAUACUACUUGUACCUGUAUGUCUUUUAGAAAGACAUUGGUGGAGUCUGUAUCCCUUUUGUAUUUUUAAUACAAUAAUUGUACAUAUUGGUUAUAUUUUUGUUGAAAAUGGUAGAAAUGUACUAUGUUUAUGCUUCUACAUCCAGUUUGUAUAAGCUGGAAAAUAAAUAAAUAUAACAGA